CACCGCGUCUGUGCUCAUUAGCGUUCUUGUCGGUGUUUGAUACUUUUCGUUAGUUAGACGUGUUCGUGUGAGAAGUUCAGUGUGUCCGUGAGUCGACGUGAGAGCACCGUGUCGCUGACCGCAGUGUGAAAAUGAGGCUUCAUCGUGGAACCGCGCUUGUUGUGUGCCUCUGCUUGUGGAUACCUGUUGCUCAGUCGUAUGAAGCUAUUCCACCAGAAGAUCAAGAUGUAUCAGGAGAUGAUGAGUUCUCUGGGUCAGGAUCAGGAGAUGAUGAUAUCUGGAUCUUUGAGCCUGAAGUGACAACCCAAGCAAGUCCAAACACUACAAAGACAGCCUGGUUCACAGAUGCCCCUGUUAUUCUUCCAGAACGUUCUGUUACCCAGUUUGUCACCCUUGACACUGAGCCUGAAACAUCUGGGCACAUUACUGAAGCUUCUUUGCCAUACACCACCCAGAUCACUGAGACUCAACCAUCUCUAGUCAUCAUCAAAUCUUUUGACUCAGAGGAAGUUCAGAAGGGUGAGACCACAACAAUCAGCGAUGUGGCACAGCCAGAGACCACUGUACCUCCAGCUGAGAAACUACCAGAGACCACUGUACCUCCAGCUGAGAAACUACCAAUGACCACUGUACCUCCAGCUGUUUUGGUGCCCACGCAAGGGGAAGAAUACACAACCACAGCGUAUGAUGAGGAGGACACCACAGAAUCAUCUGUCAUAGACCAAGAGGAAGAUGAAACUACAGUUGUUGUUGAAGUAGUGCCUGUGACAACUGAAGCACCUGAUAUGGAGACCACACCACCGCUUCUGAGCACAACAUCAGCCAGUAAUGUAGCUGAUCCUGAAGCUUCAGGUGAUGCUGUUGAAUCCACUACUGUUCAAGCCAUUGAAGAUAAUUCAGUUGAAAAAGACAUCAUUGUAGAGGAGCGUAAACCCAACACCAAGAAAACGAGGGUUGAUGGCACUGUUUCUGAGAAUGAAAUCUCAAGAUCAGAGCAACCCGGAUCUGAGUCUGAUUUUGCUCGUUCUGACAACGAUAGCUUACUGGAAAGGAAAGAGGUCCUGGCAGGUGUCAUUGCAGGUGGCGUGGUGGGCUUGGCUUUCGCCAUCAUGCUUGUAUCUCUCAUGGUCUACCGCAUGAAGAAGAAGGAUGAGGGUAGUUAUUCACUAGACGAGCACAAACACCCCAAUGGAGGCUACCAGAAACCACAGAAACAGGAAGAAUUCCUGGCAUAAAGACUCUUAAACAUACUGUCUCUGUCUCUUUAUUCUGUGCUUGACUGCCACUUAAAACUUCCCAACUCACCAGAUUCCACCUGUUUGGUGACCCUUUAUUUUUUGUUUGUUUGUUUUAUAUCCACGUUGGAUUUGCAACACAUCGGAUUUGCGUCUGAAUUGGUUGAUUGAUCUUCAGGAAAGGUUCACUUGGGUUUGAAUGGUUUUUUUUUUUCCCCUCCUUUCUAAUGGAUUCUUACACUGUGGAUUGAGACUGUCCUCAUGAGCCCUAGUUAUGAGUGAGGGACUGUUGAGCCGGCCAUUUUUUUGUUAGGGUUCUGCUUUCUGCCAGUGCUGGUAAACUACAGCAAACGUGAACCGGCUUCUCAUUUCCACCGUGCCUUAUUUCCUGUUCCAGUGAACUGAAGCGCACAUUGUGUGCAGUAGCGAGAGAGCUCACCUCCUCCAACUGUUUGUUGCCUUGGUAACAGAUAGUUGCCAUAGGGACAGAAAACAUGGAUUGCACUUUUGACAUGCAAACAUUACAAUCCCGAAUUACAAUCACUGUUUGCUUGGAACUGAUUAUGUGUUUCUGCUUGUCCUGGGCUCUCUUACUUUCAUUUGUUGAAAUUAUUUUCCACAUUGUUUCUUCCCUCGUGUGUGGAAGGAGAGCUGCCUCGCUUAACGAGCGGGAGAUUCCCUUCAAUUUCCUCCUUGUUUUGUACUUACUCCGAAGAUGGCGUGUCGGGACGAGCAGCACAGAAUUGGUAUUGGGAAAUUGUAUGAAUAAUUGUUGAUCAGACAUGACUGUCGUCUUACACAAUAUUGCUGUAUUUCCUAGGAGCUAAAUGAAUUUUGACAUUCUGUGUACCUUGAAUUCUCAAAUACACUGUAUGAAAUUCCUCAAAAAUUAGGCAAGUGCAGACUUUUUUUUGUUACUCCAGCUCUUUGUACAUAUGCUAGUGGACCAAAUCUACAGCUUGAAAACCUUUACUGAGAUAGAAGAUGGCUAAUGUAUAUUACCAGGUCAUUUGAGACCUUUUUGUAAAAGUGUGUACAUGUUCCUCGGUUUUUAGUUAUCACUUGAAUUAAAGGACUGCUCGGCUGCGAUGAGCUUUCUGGAAAGCAUCGUAAGCGAUUGUAUUUGAUCAUGUUCACCCCAAUUCUGCCUAAACAAAAUUGUGUCUGUUGUGAAAGAAAUGUGUGUUAUAAUAGCUCCCUGGAAAAUACCAAGCUGAGUGUGUUAAAAUAAUUUUCUUACUAGUGUCAUUAAAUAAGAAAAAAAUGUAUUAAAGCUGUUCUUUUGUGUAAAUGCUAAUCUCACAUGCCAUGGAAUUAGCUGCUUAUAAUGGCCGAGCAGAGUAACGACGUAUUACUACUAAAGUGUCAUGCUCUGUAUGUAUUACUGAACCUGCGCGUGCCAUGUGAUGUGUACAGCUUUCUUUUGUUUUCAGUUGUUUCUUUAAGUCGAUGUUGGUAUUUUUACAAAUGGACAAAUGUUUUGACUCUUUGGGUACCUUAUUCCAGGCUUCAGGUUAGCUCAACUAUUUGUCCAUAAUGGAAUUUUUGAAAGAGGAAGUGGCAAAAGUGAGUGAAAGUGCAUUUGCAGCAGAGUAAAACGUUUGUGCCUUUGCAGAAUGGCUGGCCACGCCUCAGAGAGAGCUGCCUUUGUGUUUUGUUGCUGUGCAAAAGAAAAUUAGACCUACUUAUGUCAUAGUUUGUACAAAUCUCUCUAUUUAUUAUGCACAGUUGUUUUCUAUGUUUAAUAAAAGGGAGUCCAUUUUCA